ACCUCAAAGCUAACUACCUUAACGGCCAGUCAUGGCUGUUAUUUACGCGCCCAAUUUCUCAACUACUAAUCCUUUGUUUCAACACCAAUCUUCAAGUCAAACAUUCUCAAAUCCCAAAUUAAAUUUUCCAUUAACCCAGAAAUCUCAUCAAAUAAAGAGCUCUAAUUUGUCACCAAUUACAACAUCUGAAGCUCACCCAGAACUUCAAAUUCAAGAUUUGGUUGAUCUUCUACGCAAUUGUGCAAAAAAAGGGUUCAUUAAAGAUGGAAAAUCAGUUCAUGGGUUACUGAUUAAAUCUUGUUUUGAUGAAAGAAAAAAGGUUAUUCUUAUCAAUCAUCUUAUUCAUAUGUACUCAAAAUGUUCUGAAUUUGAUACUGCUCUUAAACUGUUUGAUCAAAUGUCUGAAAGAAAUGUGUUUUCCUGGACUGUAAUGAUUGUUGGGUCCACGGAGAAUGGGUUGUUUAUGGAAGGUUUUAAGUACUUUUGUGAGAUGGUGGGCUAUGGAGUUUUUCCGGAUAAAUUCGCGUACUCGGCUUUGUUACAGGCGUGUAUUGGGUUGAAAGAUGUUGAGUUGGGUAAAAUGGCGCAUGCCCAGAUUGUUAAAAGUGGGUUUUCUGAGCAAGUUAUUCUCAAUACUUCUCUUCUUAAUAUGUAUGCAAAGUGUGGUGAAAUUGAGGAAUCAGUGCGUGUGUUUAAUGGUAUGUGUGAACAUAACCAAGUUUCGUGGAAUGCUAUGAUAUCUGGAUAUGUGUCCGGAGAUCUUAACCUUGAGGCGUUUGAUCAGUUUAUCAAAAUGAAGAAAGAAGGCUUCACUCCAAAUAUGUACACGUUCGCCAGUGUUUUAAAGGCAGUUGGGAAAUUGGCUGAUGUUAGCAAGGGCAGAGCAGUUCACAAUUACGUUAAAGAAUUGGGCCUAGAGUCUAAUGGUCUUGUCGGGACUGCACUUAUUGAUAUGUACUCGAAAUGUGGGUGCUUAGAUGAUGCUAGAUUGGUGUUUGCUAUGAAUUUUGCCGACUGUAGAGAGAAUGUGCCUUGGAAUGCAAUGAUUUCAGGCUAUUCACAGGGUGGGUAUAGUAAGAAAGCAUUUGAGAUGCUUGAGCAGAUGUGUUUAACUAAUGUAAAGUUAGAUGUUUUUACUUUUGCUAGUGUACUCAAUGCAAUCGCGGCUUCGAAAUGUUUGCAGUUUGGGAAGGAAGUUCAUGCCAUGAUCGUGAAAUUUGGAUAUGAUUCAAGAUUUAUAAGUGUGAGCAAUGCACUUAUAGAUGCUUAUUCCAAGUGUGGGUCUCUUGAUGAUGCAAGAAGGGUUUUUGAGAAAAUGGAAGAACGGGAUUUGGUGUCUUGGACUACAAUGGUGACUGCUUAUGCUACAAAUUCAGUGGAGGUGGAGAAGGCAAUAAGUUCCUUCUCGCAGAUGAGAGAAUCAGGCUUUACACCGAACCAAUUCACCUGUGCCAGUGUUCUUGUUGGUAUUAGCAGUCUUUGUUUGCUCGAGUCUGGUCGACAAGUCCAUGGAUUCCUCUGUAAGGCGGGAUUGGACACUUAUGAAUGCGUUGAAAGUGCUUUGAUUGACAUGUAUGCAAAAUGUGGUAGUAUAAUUGAUGCGGAGAAUGUUUUUGAGGGGAUCUUCAAAUUGAAGUCCCCAGAUGUGGUUUCAUGGACGGCGAUAAUAUCAGGUUAUGCUCAGCAUGGUUUUGCAAACAAAGCAGUUCAGACAUUUAAUAGAAUGGAUGAAUUAGGUAUCAAGGCUAAUGCAGUUACCCUUUUAUCUGUUCUGUUUGCUUGUAGUCAUGGAGGAAUGGUAGAUGAAGGUCUCCAGUACUUCCAUUCGAUGGAGAAAAGAUUCGGAGUUGUGCCAGAGAUGGAACAUUAUGCUUGUGUGGUUGAUCUUUUAGGGCGUGUGGGUCGUCUUGAUGAUGCACAAGAAUUUAUAAAGAAAAUGCCUAUGGAGCCAACUGAUAUGGUUUGGCAAACAUUGUUGGGUGCUUGCAGAGUCCAUGGAGAUGUUAAGUUGGGAGAGAAAGCUGCCAAGGAAAUUCUCUCUGUCAGGCCUGAUUUUUCGGCAACAUAUGUACUUCUAUCAAACACUUACCUUGAAAAAGGUAGUUUAGAAGAUGGGUUAACUUUGAGAAAUGUAAUGAGAGACAGAGGUGUGAAGAAGGAACCUGGGUUUAGUUGGGUUUCUGUUGGAGGCACGGUUCAUAAGUUCUUUUCAGGAGACCAGAAACACCCACAAAAAGAGAAGAUAUAUUCCAAGUUAGAAGAUUUGAAGACAAAGAUGAAAGCCAUGGGUUAUGCACCACAGUUGAGAUACGGACUGCUAGAGACAGAAUGAGACGUGGACCGUAGAGCCGAGGGUUUUAGCGCUAAUAUUGUGCUAAGCUUUGGCUAUGCUUAUCAGCCUGCAGAUAGGGUGUUUAUCCCCAUUGGCCCUGAGGCCUGAAGGGUUGCGAAAUGCUGACCUAUGGGAGCAAAGGCUAGAACUAGCAACCACAUGACUACGCAUUUGUCAAAUCAAAUAAUUUAGCGGUGUUAGAUCAUUAGAGGUUAGUGACAAAUUUUUGUAUUUCUUCAAAUGUUUCUUAUCCGUAAGUUCAUGACACAUUCAAUCAAAUGGGAGAUCAGUAAAAAAAACAGAGGAAGAUAAAACAUGGCUAGAUAAUUCCAAGUAAUGAUCAGAGAGUAGCAUCAAAACAAAGUACUACUAUUAUUAUGAGUUGGCCAGUUGUAUUUUUCUCUAAUUAGAAGCACAGAGUUAGGCAAAACAAUUAGGAAUAGACAAAACCUAAUUUGUGGACAAAACCUAAUUUGCUGUCUUUGUUUGUAUGAGAUGAUGGAUGGGUCUGAUAACCUUUCUUUUCAAGCACAUUAUGUGGAAAGGAAUAUUAUUAGUAGGGUUACUGUUUCUUGGUUAUUCCUUUUAGCUAUUUUUGAUGUAUGAGUAUGAGAAAUUUUCUCCAACCCAAUCAUAUUUUCGGAGAAAUCUCUACCUGCUAAACAAAUUCUUGUAGCUUAGAAGCAGUUGGUCACAAAUCAUGACAGAUUUUUCUCUUUUUAAAAAAUGUACCGCGUAUUACUGUCCUCAAGUUUGAGAGUUUGCCUUCAAAAGCACCUUUAGAAUUUCCUUAUCAGUGUAUAUCAGUCUAGAUUAGGUCUGUACCCUCGGGGAUUUCAGGCCGUCCAGGAACUUAGUGACUGACUUUUCUAAAGACAGGGACUUUCUUUGCCUCAAAUGAAGGGUAGGAGGUUCGGGUGAAAGUGAGAGGGCCUAAAGUUCCUGAUUUAUGUACUAAUUCUGUCUAACCCCCUGGGGCAACUGGUUCAACUGGUUGUUCUAAGUUGGUUUCAUUCUAAAAUGUAGAGAUCACCCUGCAUCAUUCAUCUUGUUCCUAUUUUGUGGGGGUUGUAUAGGUGAUAGAUAAAACACUUUCUAAACUCGGUUGCAAUCGAAAAUAUGUGGGGUCUAAAUAGAUAAAUUGGAUAUCAUGUGGUAUAGUAAUGGUAAUUAGCUAGUACUGAGGAGAUACACUUCCAUGAAAUUUUGAGCCCGUGAACUUGAAUAGAUAGAUAGAUGGUACAUACUACUACUGUUGUUAUUAUGAUUGCCUUACGUCAAAAUCAAUUGGUGGGAUAUCUAGAGAGAGAGAGGGCUGGGCAGACAGAUAAAUACACAGAUUAGCCCAAUCCUAUCUAUUUACAAACGAUCAUAGGACAAUAAUUCAUCCUGGAUAAUACCGAGUAAUUUGCACGCACUUGAGAAGCCAGGAUUCUAGGUAAAAGGCGGCAAAAAUAAAAUAUUUAUCUGAUUUAGGGGGUAAGCCUAAAGUAAAUUUAAGUAUGUGCAAGGGAUAAAAUGAUAACCUUAUACUUGAGAAAGCAUUAGAUUCAGUUGAGGGGACAAGCAUUAGUAUCAGAAGAACGGAUACUAAACUUGAUCUUAGCCAAAAGGUGGAAAAGGCAUCAUCAACAUUUAAUUGAAAUGUGAACAGUUGCAUGAUUUCUAGAAAACAAAUUUCACUUUGUUCUUGUAUAGUACAGUUAAUUAAAUGAAGCCAUGCGUAUGAAUGAACAAGGAAUUUGUACUGGACUGAACCCAAAAUAUGCAUAUGAUUUUUUGUCUGUUUUUUUUGAUAUGUGUUACCACUCUCAAGAUUCUUGAUCGAUACACGCAAAAUACAUUUAUAUCUCUACAUGCAAAACAAAAUGGCUUACUCUUAACCCUUUGAUUAAUAUUUUUUUGUUCCAUUUGAUGAGAAACCAUACAUUUGCAUGUGAAUAUGUACUUCCCUGUGUUGCAAACUCACGUGAUAAUAUUUUUGCAUCAGUCACAAGAAGACCCUAUGACUAAUCUCUGUCUCUCUAGGUAUAUGUAUACGUACACAGCAGUUUUCAUUGAUUAUUUGCUCAUUUGAAGGGAAAAUA